AUGGACCUCAGAGUGACAAGCGUUCUCCUCCUCCUGGUGGCCUUGGCCGUGGCAACACCAGAGAGAUACUACCAUGUACAGAAAGUAGCCAAGCAGCAGCAGCAUUAUCCUACUAAGAGCCAUGUCCAAACUGUUUCAGGUGAGCCAGGUAUUCCCGGAUCCCCUGGUGAGCCAGGACCUAUGGGCCCCCCUGGGCCUCCCGGCAAUAACGGCGUGGGACAUCCUGGACAACAGGGCCCACCCGGGGCCCCCGGACCCGCUGGCUACUCCGCAGCUGGCAAGCCUGGCAAUCCAGGUGGUCCUGGGAAACCAGGUAGUAAUGGAAUGCCCGGUGAGAAGGGUCAUACUGGUGCAACUGGAGCCAUGGGUCCAAGAGGAUCCCCCGGUUCCGCUGGAAGCCCAGGACCUGCUGGAUACUCUUCUGCUGGCAAACCUGGCCCACACGGUCUGCCCGGAGGCAUGGGGCCAAGGGGUGAGAGUGGACUUAAAGGACAUCCAGGUAUCCCUGGUCUGCAAGGACAAAAGGGAGAGAGGGGAGUUGGUAUUCCUGGGGCACCAGGUGCAAACGGUCAAGUGGGCCCAAUGGGACCCUCUGGUAUGCCAGGGCAACCCGGAGUUGGUAAGUCUGGUGCCCCUGGAUACCCUGGGGAGUCUGGGAAGUCAGGUACUCCAGGUAGGGAUGGAGCUCCAGGAGCUAUGGGUCAGCCAGGGCCAAAGGGCCACAAUGGAAACCCUGGGGUAGGAGCACCAGGAAAAUCAGGUGAGAAUGGCAGUCCAGGUAUGCCUGGAAAUAUGGGACCUAAAGGUCCCCAGGGACAUGCCGGACAACCAGGUGCACCUGGCUUACCAGGAGUUGGUAAACCAGGAGCUAAUGGCAUGCCAGGUGACAGAGGAUCACCCGGUACAUCAGGAACCACCGGUCAGAAAGGAGAGCCAGGGCCAACAGGUUACACUGGGGCAACAGGUGCUACUGGCCUUAUGGGUCCAGCUGGGCCACAGGGUGCUAGAGGAUUCCAGGGAGAACCAGGUAUGCAGGGAUCUAAAGGAGAUGUCGGCAUGCUGGGAGCUCCAGGGGCAAAGGGAACCAAGGGGGAUCAGGGACAUCAGGGUUACGCAGGGAAGGCAGGUAUCCCCGGGGCAGCAGGCCCACCUGGUGCAACCGGCGCUACAGGACAUCAGGGUAACAAGGGAGCUCAGGGCCAUGCUGGCUCUCCUGGUCAGCCAGGUUCAAAUGGGCUUGCAGGAGCAAAGGGACACCCAGGCACACCUGGAGGCCCAGGAAAACCAGGCGAGAGCGGCAUCCAAGGAACAAGAGGACCAGUGGGGCCUUCAGGUCCAGCAGGUCAAGCAGGUCUUAGGGGUCACGCAGGUCUUCCCGGUGCACCCGGCCCAGCUGGCCAGAUGGCCAAGGGAAUGUCUGGUCCUAUGGGUCCACCUGGAGCUCCUGGUUCCAGAGGUCACGAUGGUAACCCAGGUGCUAUGGGACCUCCUGGCCCACCUGGUCCCCCUGGUGAGAUGGUCUACCAUCACGAGAAGAGCAUGCCCAUCAAGUCCCAUGAGAUUAUGAUGCCUCAUGAGAUGAUGAAGGCCCCUAUGUCCGCCUUCAGCGCUGUUCUGACGAUGGCUUACCCAUCUGCGGGUUCACCCGUUCCAUUCAACCAGAUUAUUUACAAUGGGGAGCAGCACUAUGACCCCCAGACUGGCAUCUUCUCCUGCCAGGUACCAGGUCUCUACUACUUCUCCUACCAUAUGCAUGUUAACGGUGCUAAUGCAUUGGUGGCACUGUACAAAAAUGGUGAGCCAAUCAUGUUCUCAUACGAUGAGUACAACAAGGGCUUCUUGGAUCAGUUAUCUGGCAGCACUGUACUUAUGCUGAAUGCCCAUGACCAAGUCUACAUUCAGGUCCCUGAUGAGGAGACCAAUGGUGUCUUUGCUGCUGACAAUGUUCACUGCUCUUUCACUGGGUUCCUGAUUGCCUCAACGUGA